CUCAUGGUUCAAAGGCCGCAGCACUUACACAAAUGUUUAGAAAAGCCACACAGCAUACUCUCAUCUUACACAUCUGGAUGUCCACUGUUCCACUGCCAUCAUGGACCUAAAGCUCCUCCUGUUUUGCCUCUUCUUAGCAGCGCUCCUCAUACCAGCAGAACUGAAAGGUGGAAAAGACAAACACAAAGACAAACACGAUCGUGGACAUGAACGUGGACAUGGACAUGAACGUGGACAUGGGCAUGGACGUGGUAUGCGGGAGAAAAAGAAAUAUAAGUUCAAGGACAUACUCGAAGACAUUUUCUUUCAGAUUGUAGACGCAGGUGCUGAUGAGGAUGAAGACGAUGAAGACGCAGACUGGCUUUCAGAACUUGUCGAACCACAGGGCACUUGCAACCCAAACCCUUGCAAUAACAAUGGUGUGUGUAAGGAGAAAGGCAGGGGAAGAUUCAAAUGUGACUGUCCCAAGCCGUUCAAGGGGAAAACGUGCAACAGAGGUCCAAAAGUUUGUAGGAGAGGUAGAUGUGGGCGUGGUGAGUGUGUGCUGAUAGCGACUCCCCCGUUCUAUGAGUGUAAAUGCAAGGUGCCCUUCCAGCCCCCAGACUGCAGAAGAAUCGCCUUGUGUGAGCCCAAUCCAUGCAAAAACGGUGGCACCUGCGUCAGGGACGGUGAAGACUUUGACUGCCAGUGUCCUCCAGGAUUCAGAGGACGUUACUGCCACGUUGGCCCGAAUGACUGCUAUGUGGAUGAUGGAGAGUCAUAUCGAGGCAACGUGAGUGAGACAGAUGAUGGCAAGGAGUGCCUCUUCUGGAACUCUCACUUCCUCCUUGACAGAGGGGUCGAUCCCUUCGAUGACUUUGAGGACAAAGACGGACUUGGUCAUCACAACUUCUGCAGAAACCCAGACGGAGAUGCAAUGCCCUGGUGUUUCUUCAGAAAAGGCCGCAAGUUGUUUUGGGACUACUGUGAUGUGACUCAAUGCCCUGAUCCAACAGGAGUGGCGCCAACGGCAUCUCAAGCGACUUCUCAGACUUUUACUAGUGGGCCGAAAACCACUAAAGUUCCACCUUCUCCAACUCCUCCAACUGAUCCAACUUAUCCACCUACUAAACCUUCUCAGACUUCUCAAUCUUCUCGACCUUCUCCACCUUCUCCUACACCUUCCAAAGCCCCUGUCAACCCCACCGCUCCACCACAAGAGUUUCCCACCUGUGGUAUAGCUCAACCAAAAAAGGCCAUUACCCGAAUUUUUGGGGGUCGGAAGGUCUCACCAGGAGCUAUACCCUGGCAGGUUUCUCUGCAAGUUAAACCAAAGGGCUCUUCUCAGUCAUUUAAACACAUCUGUGGAGGAGUUCUCAUCGCAAGUUGUUGGGUACUGACGGCUGCACACUGCAUCGAACCGAACAAGGACAUGCAGGUUACGAUGGGAGGUUUGUCGCUGAACAGGUUAGACAACUCAUCUCAAGUCAUAGGAGUUGAAAAAGCUAUUCCACAUGAGAACUAUAGGGAAACUCCUGAUGCUGUGUACAACGACAUAGCUGUACUAAAGCUCAAAAGGACUGGCGAUGUUUGCGCCAAAGAGACCCAGUUUGUGAAGACAGCCUGUCUGCCAGAUGCGCCACUGCCUGAUGGGACGGAUUGUACCAUUUCUGGAUGGGGUUCCACUGAGCAAUCUGACUACGGUUCCAACAACCUGCUGAGUGCCAAUGUGCUGCUGAUCAACCAGGACAAAUGCUCAGAAUCCAAAGUUUAUGGCAAUGUCUUGGAUCCUGGCAUGUUCUGCGCUGGCCACCUGCAGGGAGGGGCGGAUUCCUGCCAGGGUGACUCUGGAGGACCAUUAACAUGUCCGCAGAACAACACCCGAGUUGUUUAUGGUCUGGUGAGUUGGGGUGACCAAUGUGGAGCGAAGAACAAGCCCGGGGUCUACACGCGGGUCACUAACUUUCUGGGCUGGAUCAAGUCAAAGACUGAAGGAGCAUUUCCUUAAACGACCUCUGUUACUCUCCAACCGGCCGGUGUAGCCACGGGCGUUACUUCAAAUUUCCAACAUCAUUGUAGGAUCUGUUUCAAUUUAAUGUGAGCUUUCCAAAAAUGUAAUUAUUAUAUAAUUUUAUGUAUUCUGGCCAACAGAGCAAAAUACUGCAUUGAGAAUCAUAUUCUCUUAUCAUAAUAGAAAUAAUGCCUCUGAGUAAAAGGGGAAGACUCAGUGAAUUUAAAAUGAUGCAACCAGGGAGAGGGGAAAGGUGUUGAAUUUUUCUUAUUAACCAAGUACAGUCUGUUGUGGUUAUGUCUCUGAUGAAUGUAAGCAAAUGACAGCAGUUAACAAUAAAGAUAUUUUAUUGGGAAA